GUCAAGAUGGCGGCAAAGUGGACGGAACAGGAGUUUAUUUAGUACGCCUUCGAUAUUUAGCGAGAUAUUUAGGUAUCAUGGCGCUUAAUGGUCAACCUUUGACGAAGUUUGCGAGACAUGUUAUUUUCGCAGGUUAGGAUUCUUAAUUAAUAGCUAACACUGUUGUGUUUUCUUCCGAAUAGGAAUUCAAUCAUUAGUUAAAAAAGCUUCCCCCCACUUUUUGCCGUGGCGAUAUUCAAAAAAUCCUGGUGUUUCAAUGCAGGUUGUUAGUCACAAUUCGACAUUAUUGUUACUCUUUUCCCCUCUUCAACACUGAUUUGCACAUCACAUGGUGCUAUAGAAAUAUACCAGGAUAGAAAUAUAUAUGUACGCAAAACAUUGAUCGGAGAAUGAGCAUUAGAGAAAAUGGAAGGGUGAGUGAAAUGUGGCUCAUCUCCGGUGUGAUGUAAUUUACCUGUAUUACUCACAGCUUACGUAAAAACAAAAAAAAAAACAAAACAAAACAAAAAAAACUUUCCUGAGCAAUGAAUUUAACCCUGGCAAUAGUCCGUAAAACAAAGAAAAGGAAUAAAUUAUAUUACACCGGGGAUGACCCUGAAAUGUUGCAAUGGGUUGCCUUAAAUAUAAAUUGGCAUGGCGUGAUCAUUCUAGACCUUUUCUUUGCUGUUACAACCAUGUCUAACCACUUGACGUUUGCAAAUAAAGUGCAACUAACCAGCUACUACUAUCUUUAUUAGCUGGUAUUGGUGCUGGAGGAAGUGUUUUGGUGAACACAGUGCGACGUGAUGGAGAGAGAGCCAAAAAAAUACUUUGCUACACUGCUGUGUCAGGUACAUGCAGAUGUAUAGGGGUGAAGCCAGUUGUUUUUAUACAAAAUUGUUUUGAUACUUGAAAGAAGUUGUUUUAGUAGAGAUUUGUAAAAAGUUUCUUCCACUUUAAUGGUUUGAAGAACAAGCAUAUUACUCACCCCAAGUGUUUUUCUUGUUCAUGCGCAAACUUUACCUGGAAGUGACUGAAACUGGUGUGCAGAUUCACUGCUUGAGUUCAUAUCAAAACAAAAUUGUAUGUGCAGAGGUUCUGUGAUGUAACUAAAUACAGUGUAAGUUGGGUAAAGGACAUACACUAUGUACUAUGUACUGUAGAAGGAAAAUCAAAGUUUUAGUGGUCUGUCCAAAAGUGUAGAACUUUUUUAUAGUCUGCCUAAAGGAAAAGCCUGAAGGAGUCUGUGUUCAAUAGCGAGCUUUUGCUUUUAUCAUGUAAGCUUAAUUGGCAAAGUGAACAUUAAUGAAACACAGUUUGACACCUAACCUUUUUAUCGCAUGAUACAAGGAUCACGAUGUUAGAAAGUGACAAAAGAAUGGGCACCACUGUUCAUUUUAAGUGUUGUUUGCUUCUUAUAGAAUUAAUUUUUCAAUGUUACACUAGAAAUCUGGUUUUCUGUUGAGAAUUAAUACACUGUAGAUGUCAUUCCUAGUAAACUAACUGAAUAAUAUUUAUUAAUUGAGAGUGAAGUGAGAAGCCAAGUUUCACAACUUCAUUUUAUACAUCAGUCAAAAAAUAAUGAAGUGAAAGCUCGCAAUGUUAACAUUUUUUUGAAGAUAAGAAUUUUACAAACUCAAGUUAUUUACAUUCUACUGAUAGGGAAAAAAUGCUGCCAGUAAUAUAUUUUAAAAUGAUUAUAUUUGCUUUCCUGUCAGGCUUGACUGGUUUAAGCAUUGGCAGUACGUAUGCUGCCUUUAGGAAGCAAGGUCUAUUGACCUACUCAGUUUCGACUGGUGCUUCAUUUUUCACCAUCUCUGGCUUGUUUUUUGGUAAGUUUACUCAUACAUGACAUUGUUACAUGUAUGUCAGUGUUAGAGUUGGCAACUUGAACAUUUACUUUAUACAUGUAUUUCUAUCCUUUAAAUUUCUACAUUUGAUUGUGAAAAAUGUGAUGAUCAGUGUGUCAUGAGUGUAGGAAAGGAAGGACCUAUCCAACACUAAGUGGGCACUCUGUCACUUAGCUACUGUGAGAGGCCAACACACUAAUUAUACAGGAUGCAUGUCAGAUAAAAACCUAGUAUAUGGCCUUGCACUUUGGGAGUCUAGUGAAUACAAUGCCCUUCCAAGGGUCAGAAAAUCACAGGUAUGAAUCCUGGCAGGGACUUUGUUCAAUGCUCGUGACAUGUGCACAUGUUUCACAUUCACUUACCAAGCCUAAAAGUUAAAAAUUCACUUAACUAAUAAACUUUCUGCAUUUAAUGUUGUUAAUUUUUGUGUGUGUGUGUGUGGGUGCUUUUGUCAUCAGUGAUCAGAGACAAUUUAUUGCUAUCGUCCAAGGCUCAUGACCUAAGAAGAUCUCUUGACCAACUUCGAGGGAACCCAACUUUGACCAUGAGACGAGAAGCCAUGACUGGCAUGCAAGCAAGUUCCCUCAGCGGUGGAGCAGUAGGAAUGUUGCUGUCAUGUGCAAUUUGUAAGUUAAUCACGCUACCUCAGCCAAAUUUGAAUUUAAGAGAUGGAAUGGAAUGAAUGAACAUUAAGGUAAUUUUGUGAGGUUUAUACCUAAGCAGCAAAAAAAAUCUGCGUGGAAAUAAAGGGUACUACAAAAGUACAUGUAUGUUUUUUUUUGUUUUUUAUUUUUUAUUUUAAAUUUUAUUUUGUUGUUAUUCUUUUCAAUAUUCUUCAACUUUGCAUUGAUAUGUACAAAUUUGUAUUAUGUUACAGGUCAAAUUUGAUUUCAGGUUAAAUUUUUUUAACCUAGGUUGAUUCUCAAUUUCUUUUGUCUGCUAGCCCUAAUUAUUCAUGAAUUAGGGCUAGGAUACAAAGGAAAUUGAUAAUCAACCUAGGUUAAAUCAUAAUUAAUCUGAAAUCAAAUUUGACUUGUAAACAUAUGGCAGGUAAAAGGGAAAUCCAUUCUCAGUUCAAAUGAUUAUUCAACCAGCUUUGGUUCAGAAUUUCCUUUUCUUCCUCACCUAAUUAUUCACAGGUUCCAUGCUAGCAGAUGUCUCUCAAAACGAGGCAAAAAUGCCUUGUCGUGUGAGAAAAAAUUCACAGGGGGCAAAAGGAAUUCUUUUUUUAACCAGAGACAACAUACACAGUACAUAUCCUACUAAGUUAGCAUAUGGAAGGGAAAAUGAAAAGGAACUUUGGCAAAGGAAAUGUAACAGGGAUGUGAAGAAAGAAGGAUGUGAGCUUAUCAUGUUUUUGCAAUCCCCAGCUGUGCUCUAAGAAAAAUUGAAGGGAGCCAAGUGCUCUGAACUUGUUAAAUCCAGGGUGCCCAUCGUAUGAUUUGUAUGAAAAAAGUACAUCGUACGAUUUUCUAGUAGCCCAAGAGCACAAGUUAGGCACAGUACAGCCCUGAUUGCACUUUCUUUUUAGCACCAUUAGAGCACUCCUUAGGCAAGCUACAAUGUAUGUGAUGAUGUAAAAGUAUCCACUGUAGGUCCUUGUUUUGACCAUCUGUCAUUGUAUUAUUCUCUGUAUUAUUAGGGAGAGGUUUUGGUGUUGUGUUUCUGAACAUUGUGCAGGGUGCUUUGAUGGGAGCAGCAGGUGAACAAGUUCUUCUCAUUUGAACGCAUUGAAUCAUACCACUUCCACGACAUUUAGAUUCACUUCUCGUUUGAUUAAGGAGGGAGUGUAUGUCCUUAUAUCAUUUCUCCUGGCUCUGCACUCAAUUGCAUAGUCCCAAGCUUCUCAGUGAGUCACAGAUGACAAUUAUUUCUUCCUCAUUUUCCUCAAGGAUAGAAGAGAGAGUGAGCGCGCGUGAAAAUCGCUACCCGCGAAGAAAGUGACCCGCAGAGGAGAGGGAGAACUUUUUUAGCUCCAAAUUAAGCUUCUCACAGACUACAAUUACUCCCUAUUUUUCCUCAGGGAUAGUAGAGCGAGAGAGUUACUCGAGUGCUCAGGAAAAUCGCCACCCACGAGGGAGGUGACGCACUGAGGGAAGAAAAGUGAUUUUCACAAGCCGUAGCAUAAUUCACUCGCGCUAGCAUUUUCCCUGUCGAAAAUUAGGUAUUACUUGUAGUCUAAGGCCCUGUCCACACCAAUCCCGAAAUCCAGCCACUUUUAAAACCACAUUUUUUAUAGGUUUUUACACCAACCAACCUUCUGUCCACACAAAACAAGUGAAUCUACUCACCUAUCCGUGGCCUAUUGGUGUACAAAAUACGCGGUUUCGAAAUAAUCCGGAUUUGUGUAAACGGGACCUAAGCUUAAUAGGCCAUUUCCGAGUUCUCCCGGGCCUCUGUUUCAAAACGAGGGUAGGUGCUCAGCCUUUAAUAUGGAAAUCAUUUUUCAUUCUCAUGCAAAUAAAACUCAUUUUCACAAGAAAGGUUGUGCACCUAGCCUCAUUUUGAUAGUGAGGGUUUUUGGAACUCGGAAGUGGCCUAUUCUCACUCCUUGUCUUGAGCGGCUUAAAGUACAUUAGCUCCUCCCAUGCAAGUCUUAAUGAUUAUUUUUCUUUUUGUCGCAUUUUGAAGGCCAGUGGACGGUUAACAAGUGCCAUAUAUGGAUUUUAGAAGAAACCAUCAAAUAUCAUUAUCCUGAGCUAGUAGCAAAUGCCAAGCGGAAUGAGGAGGUAAUCGUAUAACAGAGCAAUCUUUUGGGUUCUGCUUAAAAGGAGUUUUUCAAUUUACUUCAUUCUAAGGAAAAAACUUGAUUUGAGUGUAAAUGUAUUUGGCACAAAGGUACUAAUUUGAGACACUAUUUUUACGACCACGUUUUACAUGGUCGUCCGAGCUACGCGAAGGUCGGGCCGUUUUGCAGGGAAAAUGCGGUAGCUUCAUUUCUCAGUUAUUUUAGUUCAAGAAAGAGAGGAAUUUCUGUACUUCAAAGAAAUCCUUAAAAUCCUCUUCAAUCUUAAACAUUCCCGCGAAUUCUAGCCUGUGUACAGACGUCCCGCCUCUCUCAGAAUCUCUUCUUCCGAUUUUUUGCUGAGGGAGGGGGGACGUCUGUACACAGGCUAGCGAAUUCAAGUUUCUUAUUAAUGAGUGGUUGAACAUUUUUCUUUUUUUGUUGUUGUUGUUGUUUGUUUUGUGUUUGUUAAUCACGCAAACCGCUUACCAAAUAGCAAAAGAAAGGGAUUUAACCGCAGUCGGGUUGAUAUGAUUCUUAACAGCGCUAACAUAAACGGCUUUUUGGAUCUUAAACAGCAUAAUUACCCUUGUUCUCAAAAUUUUAUUUACAGAGUUGGGAACAGUGGUUUGUUCGAAAGCUGAGCGGAAGGAGUUACGGCUCGCAAGUCAAGGAAAAGUUACGCAGUUACGAAAUUCAGCUUCAGUUACUGGAGGAAGAAGAAGAAAGAUUGCUUCGGUUGAUAGAGGAACAACAAAGUAAAUCAUUGGACAGAAAGCCAGAACAAAUAACCUCAGGACUUGAGAGUCUUCGAAGAAUAGACAACGACCUUUAAAACUGACGGUGUAGUGUGAGAUGCUGUAUUUCAAGAGUUGUAGACGCAUCCUCCAAUUAUCCGCGGAUAGACUUGAGUUAAACUCCUUAGAAAUACCGAGACACCUAGUCUUAAUUCGUCAAGGUGUCACUCUCAAUCGUAAAGGUAAUUUUGAAGGCGAACAGACCGCAUACGACGUCCAAGAGCAGCCAGUUUACAUCCAAUUUGAAAUGAGAACAACAUACCAAGCCUCCUACAAAGUCCUACAACGUCUGCGUGGGAGCUACAACACAACGAACCAACGAACUUCGUUCUCAGUUUUUCCCUGACAAAUUUGCAGGGGGGCCAAUUUCUAAGGGAAAUAGCCUCGGGAACGAGGUUAAUAAUGAACCAGUAGACAUCUAAACUUAACCACGUUGCUCGACGAGCGGGGGCAUUAAUAGUUAGGGGGCUUUUAUUCUCGUAAGUUUAACGAACUCAACAAAACUUAUACAGUAUGCAUUCGGCGAAAAGUCACUUCAUCUACUGAUAUUUUCAGGCCGUCGUAUACCAAUCGUUCUCAUUGCUUAAGCAGUUUAUAAACUAGAUUACUGAAUAGUUAAUAAUGCAUGUGAGUUAAUUUUGCUAUAUGUCACCAUUUCCUAGUAUUUUGGAGCAAUUUUCGAGGG